AUGGGAUCCAUCUCAACUUUCACAAAGAACCGUGCCUUGUGGCUCUCCUCGUUCGAGAAGCGUUUGGAGCUCAUUGAGCUCCCUGUCCCUGAGGCAAGGGCUGGCUCGGUAGUUGUCGAGGCCCUCAACACGGCCGUGUUCCCUUACGCUGAGGACAUCCACGAGGGGAGAUUGCCGGUCUUCAACCUUUCUCUUCCCUUGGUGCCGCAGCCUAGCCAUAUAGGCCGGGUGCACGCUGUCGGAUCGGAUGCCAUCCUCGUCAGACCUGGCGAUCUCGUCUUCUUCUCAGCUUCUAUCUCUGCCCGGGACGACCCAGAAGUGAGCAUCAUCCAGGGCCACCACGGCGGGGAGGGGCCGAGAGACCGGAGGCUGAUGCAGGGGGAAUGGCGAGACGGCACACUGCAGCAGUAUCAAAGGGUUCCGCUUGAGAACAUCUUCAUCUUGAACGAGGAUCGGCUGUGUAAGCAGCUUGGCUACUCCCCAGCGGACCUCCACGAGAUUUCCUUCUACACCAUCGCUGCUGGAGCGUUGUGCGAAGCUGCCAACCUCCAAACAGGCGAGACGAUUGCGCUUGGCCCAGCCAUUAGGACCUUUGGCGGCAUCACUUGUGAUAUGGCACAAGUUCUAGGCGCCAGCGUCAUUGCGAUUGGUCGCAUCGACGCGGCAGCGAUCCUCAAGGCCAGCGCUGAUGGACGCGGUGUCGAGGUAUACAACGACUGGGCAUCGGGCUCUCUGACCGGAUCUCCAUACUUCUCGGCCGCCAUACGCGCUCUGCGGCCGGAAGGUAGAGUCGUCCUGAGUGGCGCACCAUCUGGGUCCAUAUCUGUUCCGUAUACGCUUGUGCUGCAUCAAAACAUCAAGAUCAUAGGCAAAGCUAUGGUUACGCGGAAAGGAAUCGACUUGACCAUUAAGAUGGUGAACUCGGGAGUCCUCAAGCUCGGGAAGCGAGGGAGGUCAUCGCACAAAGUGUACAGUCUGGAGGAACACCACGCGGCCUUCCAGAACGCGAGGAAGAACAGUGGCUUCAGAGUCUAUACCGAUAUUGCUCCCAACAAGUCGAAGAGAGGGUGUGGGGUUUUUAGGGAGCUGUACUUGAAGAGCUCCAACAAGAUGGACGAGAUUAUCACCAGGAGGUAG